CUGCCUGCCGCCGGACCGUCUUGAGCAGAACGUCGACGAUGAACUCCUACAUGUCCCGCCGUACCUUCACCUCUCUCCGGGCUGCUGCGCGCCCCGGGAUGGCCCCGCAGCGGUCUGCGGCGCCCGUCUUCAGGCGCUUCCUCCAGGUGCCUGCUGAGCAGCCACGCCUGCGCCUUGGGUCCAUCGCCCCCAACUUCCAGGCGAAGACGAACCAGGGGGACAUCGACUUCCACCAGUGGCUCGGGAACAGCUGGGCGAUCCUCUUCUCGCACCCCGCGGACUUCACGCCCGUGUGCACGACCGAGCUCGGCGCGUUCGCGAAGCUGAAGCCCGAGUUCGACAAGCGUGGGGUCAAGAUGCUCGGUCUGUCCGCGGACGACCUUAGCUCGCACGACGAGUGGAUCAAGGACAUCAACGAGGUCGCGAACACGAACGUCACCUUCCCCAUCAUCGCCGACGCGGACCGCAAGGUCGCCUUCCUCUACGACAUGGUCACCGAGGACGACCUGCGCGACAUCGAGAAGAAGGGCCUCCCGUUCACCAUCCGCUCCGUCUUCGUCAUCGACCCGGCGAAGAAGAUUCGGCUGAUGAUGAUCUACCCUGCGUCGACGGGGCGCAACACCGCGGAGGUCCUGCGCGUCAUCGACUCGCUGCAGACGGGCGACAAGAACGGCGUCGUGACGCCCAUUGACUGGAACGCGGGCGACGAUGUGAUUGUUCCUCCGAGCGUCAGCACGGCGGACGCGCAGAAGAAGUUCGGCGAGGUCAAGGAGGUGAAGCCGUACUUGCGCUUCACCAACGUUGGCAAGUAGAUGUACACCCUCGAAAGUCGCGAAUAGAAAUCUAGAAGUUUCAUUCUGACCGGCUGUGUCCCGC